UGAAUUUGAAAGAAGUUGUCACCAAAUACCUAGUUGAGAAAAUAAUUACAAAAAAGCAAAGACUUUAUUGAAUUUGCAGCUAUCAUGAAUGCCGAUGAAAGUCUAGAUGAAACUCCAGCGGAUCUCGAUUUCGUAGACGUUAAGGAAGAGGAAGAAAAUGAGAAAGAACAAGAAAAAACUGUUAGCGCUCGGUUGUUACUGACCAAAGAACAGCAAAGUGACUUGCUCGAGGCUUUCAACCUUCUGGAUUAUACAGGAGAAGGAAAAAUCAAAGCGGAGGAUUUUCGGGUUGCAGUAAAAGCUCUAGGUUAUGAACCAACUAAAGAAGAGCUACAGAAGAUGAUAAACGCCGUGGACAAAGGGAACACUGGAAGGCUUAGUUUCGAGAACUUUCAAACUGCCAUCAUGAGGAAGAUUAUGUCCCAGGAUAACGAUGGAGAUAUUAUGAAGAGUUUUCGCCUUUAUGAUAUUGAUGAUACUGGACUCAUCAGCUUCGAUAACCUGAAAAAAGUUACUCAGAUCUUGGAGAUUCCGUUGACGGAUGAAGAAAUAGAGGAAAUGAUAGACGAUGCUGAUAAAGACUUCGACUCAUUUGUAUCUGUCGAAGAGUUUAUGAAAAUGAUCAAAAACUGCGUUCAUAUCGUUACACCUUAGAAUAGAUAUUAAUUUCUACCAAAAGAAGAAAACUACUCUCGUUGUCUC